AUGUCGAUGGUGACUGAUCUUCUCCUCCAAGCGGGGCUUAUCCUGGUAUCCCUAUUCAUGUUCCUCGCUCUGCAUAACAUUCCCCAAAAGUUGUACGCCAAAUUCCGGUACCGGGACCGAGCCCAAGUCCAAUCCAAGCGCCACUUUGUUCUAGGCGCACAACUUCUCGCCCGAGCCCGAUCUGCCAAAUCUCGCUCCGACUCUUCAUCAUUGGCCAAGGAUGCGUUAGCCGAAGCUGAAAAGGCUAUCGCGCUCGACCCCAAGGACGCCGCAGCUCACAUCCUCAAGGCCCUAGUUUUCGAUCUUCAGGGUUUCAAGACCUCUGCCCUUGAUUCUCUCGACGCCGCGCUCUCUCCGCUGGCCGUUAGGUCACUAAGUCAGAAGGAGCGAGGGGACGCCUUGUUCAAGAGGGCUGAGUUGAAGAUGGCCGUGGCUCGGCGUGGAAAGGUUGACUCGGUUACGACCGACUUAGUUGAGGCUGUGGGGCUCAGCCCUGAUAACGCGAAGGCUUUUUGUCUGCUUGGAGAGUGCUAUGAGGUGAAGAAAAUGGAGGACGAGGCAAGGAAAGCUUACGAGGACGCCCUUAAGGUCGAACCCGAAUUGGCCGUGGCUCUGGAGGCUUUGGAUCGUUUGACUUCUUGA